GGGUACGGCAGGGGCAUGGGUUCUGCGGCGGAGCUGGCUCACCGGCUGCGGGCGGCGUUGCGGGAGGAGGAGCCUCGGGCUGUGGAGAAGCUGCUGCGCCGCGGCGCGGACCCCAACCUGGUACUGGCGGAUGGCGCCGCGGCGGUCCACCUGGCGGCAGGAGCCCGGCACCCGCGAGCUCUGCGUUGCCUCAAGGUUCUGCUGUGUCGAGGCGGGGACCCCAACGCUCGCUCCGCGGAGGCGCUGACACCACUGCACGUGGCAGCCGCCUGGGGCUGUCGCCGUGGCCUGGAACUGUUGCUGAGCCAGGGAGCGGAUCCCCAGCUGCUCGAUCUGGAUGGACUCAGUCCGCUGGACCUGGCAGAACAGCAGGGGCACCAGGACUGUGUGCGAGUUCUGAGGGAGUUCCCAGUGCUGACUAGGACUCCUACCUGGACCUGGGCAGAGACCCAGGAGCUGGAGCCUGAGCUCAGCGGCUCAGCCCUCAAGGGAAAGGGGCUGGAUGCCAACCCCUCUGGACCUCCCAAUGUGAUGCUGGACUCCAUAGCACUGGGCAGAAGUGACAGCAGGGACAUGGACCUGGAGGCUAGCCCUGGACCCCCCAGACUCCUUGCCUACCCUGAAGUUGCUGACAAGGAUGGCAGCUUGGAGUCCCCCCCAGGAUGCUGGGACUGCAGCUCAGAUGCCUCCUUUGUCACAGCAGUUGAGGCCUCUGGAGCCAAGGACCCAGCCCCUAAUACAUCCCCCUGGGCUGGGUCAUUGCCCCGGACCAGGCAGCAACUUCUACCUCAUAUCCGACCUGCCCAGAGGAUGAUAAAGCCUCCGGGCACCCCACAGCUGGAACAUGGAGCUGUCAUGAUGGACAAGGAGGACGAAUUAAAAGCCCUUCUGCAGGCCCUGACUCUGACUUCCCCCUCCCACACAUCCCCCCCAGACAGGAGCCCAGCCCACAGCCCCCCUAGGGAACCACUGCCUGGACUCCUCGACUUCCACUUCCUAACAGAUGACCAAUCAUCCCUUGACAGUGAGGUGGGUGCCCUCUGGCUGACGGAGGAUGAGGCGAGCUCCACAGGUGGCAGGGACCCAGUCCCCUCUUGCUGGGGCCUGGCGGUCCCAGCCAUGUCUGACCUGGAACUGCUGCAAGGGCUCCGGGCACUUGGUGAGAGCCCAGGCCCCAUCACACCCUUCACACGGCCACACUACCUCCGACGACUACAAGAAGCCCAGGCUGUUCCUGGCCCAGACUUUUCAGGGCACAGCCCAGAGCUGACUAAGGCCCUGAGGACAGGCCGAAUCCCAGACGCCCAGGCAGACGAGGAUACACUUGCCCAGCAAUUUGAACAACCAGAUCCUAGCAGAAGGUGGCGGGAGGGGAUAGUGAAGUCCAGUUUUAUAUAUCUGCUGCUGGACCCCAGGAAGACUCAGAACCUGCCAGCCCGAGCCUUCUCACUAACUCCAGCUGAAUGCCUUCGGACUUUUGUCCAUGCCAUCUUCUAUGUGGGCAAGGGGACACGGGCCCGGCCAAAUGUUCACCUCUGGGAGGCCCUUGGCUACCGUGGGCAGUCAGGAAAACAGGCCUGCCCCAAAGUGCGCCAGAUCUUGGACAUUUGGGCUAGUGGUCGUGGUGUUGUGUCCCUGCAUUGCUUCCAGCAUGUGGUCGCUGUGGAGGCUUACACUCGAGAGGCAUGUCUUGUGGAUGCUCUAGGGAUCCGGACACUGACCAACCAGAAACGAGGACACUGCUAUGGAGUGGUGGCGAGUUGGUCACCCACCCGGCGGCGCCGCUUGGGGGUGCAUCUGUUACAUCGCGCUCUCCUUGUCUUCCUGGCUGAGGGUGAGCGAGAGUUGCGACCUCAAGACAUCCAGGCCUGUGGCUGAGCACUGGGAAUUGCCCAUCCAGGCUGGGUAGAGAUCAGGGAGUUUGAAUGUUCCAGCUGCCCUGUGCUGAGAGCAGCCCUCCAUCUCUAGUUUUAGAAGGCUGGUGGCGAGUGAGCAGCAGGGAAGAUCUCACCCUCAGGCUAAGGGAAGACUUUGUUGCAGAUGGAACUGC